AACAGUCUUCCAACUACAUCAUUAUUCAACUCGGCAGUCAUCAGAGGGUCGUUUUCUGUUGCCUCCGUGUAGAGUUAGUUUAAUAGAGGGAACAGUUAAUUAUGGAGCAAUGGUGGCACAGAGUUCAUUACCAAGUUUUUUGAUUUCGCCAGCAGCAGCAGUCCGUCCUGAUCACUCCUUGUCUGUCUAUCUCCUCCUCGAGCUCCUCGUCUGGCUUUUUCUUUUUUUUUUUUUGAAGGAAAACAUUGGAAAACUCAUAUUCUCUCAGACUGGAUUCACUCAUUUUCACCAAUGGAUGGAGUUUAUUCCCCAACAAGCACGGUGACGUCUUAAAAAAUUCACACUCUGUGCUGGGUGUUCCUCCUGGAGUUUGCAGGGAGAUGGAGCAGCGAGGAGGUGCGGGAGGGGGAACAGAGAGCCCCAGCCUCCGGGACAGCGUCAGCCCAGAGGAGAGAGGGGAGAGAGGGGAGAGUCCCGCCUCCAGCGGGCCCCCGCCAUGCAAGUUGAGCCGUCUGGAGGUCAACGGCAGCCCGGCAGCCCCACGAAGCCGACAGAACGGCACACCACUGAGACCACUAGGAGGUUUGAUGAUCCCAGUCUACUGCGUGGUGGAGCAUGCAGACGUGGGCGUAGCCGGCGACUACGAGGGGCGCGGCGACCGUCACGCUGAGUUUGUGUUGGUUCGUAAGGACGUCCUCUUCACGCAGCUGGUAGAGACGGUGCUGGUCGCCCUGGGAUACUCUCACAACUCGGCUGUACAGGCACGUGGCAUCAUUAAAGUGGGACGGUGGAAGCCAAUGCCCAUCCACUGCCUAACAGACGCUCCAGAGGCAACAGUGGCUGACAUGCUGCUGGAUGUUUACCACAUGGUUACGCUGCGGAUCCUACUGCACAGCUUUGCGCGGCUGGAGGAGCUGCCGUCAGAGCAGUGGACCCACGCCACGGUGAGGAACGCCCUCAAAGAGCUGCUCAGAGAGACCAACCAGAGCGCUCUGGCCAAGGAGUGUCCUCUCUCCCAGAGUAUGAUCUCAGCAAUAGUCAACAGUUCCUACUAUGCCAACGUCUCCACCUCUAAAUGCCAGGAGUUUGGACGCUGGUACAAGAGGUACAAGCGCAUCAAAGGUGAAUACAUCGAGAAGAUGUGGUCAGCGCAGGACAAAUCUGAUAUAAAAGUGGAGAGGGAUUUGGACCUGAGCAUCCUCAGUCAGCGUCUUCCCUCUCUCUUACCCUCUCCCACCCAUUUGGGCAGCCUGGGCGGCCCUGGAGCUCUUCCCAUCAAGAGUAGCCUCGGGGACACCCCGACUUCCACCCAGCCUCACUGUCUGCCUCACCCCACCGGCCAGCACCACCCCAGUCCUCCACUGCGUCCCCAGGCUCCACCGCUCCUGGGCCACAGCGGGCUCCUGUCCCCCCAGCUCUCCCCUCAGCUCGUGCGCCAGCAGCUCGCCAUGGCCCACCUCAUCAACCAGCAGCUGGCCGUCAGCCGCCUGCUUGCCCACCAGCACCCACAGGGGGUCAACCAGCAGUUCCUCAACCAUCCGCCCAUCGCACGGACCUGCAAGGGCCCCGGGGCCACUAAUGAGCCUGGUCUCAACUGCUCAGGGGCCGAAGUCUCCUCUGACAUUUACCAGCAAGUCAGGAACGAGCUGAAGAGAGCCAGCGUUUCCCAGGCUGUGUUUGCCCGCGUGGCUUUUAAUCGCACACAGGGUUUGCUGUCAGAGAUCCUUCGUAAGGAAGAGGAUCCUCGCUCGGCGUCACAGUCGCUGCUGGUCAACCUGAAGGCCAUGCAGAACUUCCUCAACCUGCCGGAGGGUGAGCGAGACCGCAUCUACCAGGAGGAGAGAGAGAGGACCACUAACACCAACCACAAUCACACCACCAACAUCAUCCCCAACACCAACACACAGAGACACACACAGACUAAGUGCAGCAUGUCUGGUGCAGAGCUGCCGUUGAAGCUGGACUCCCUGGUGAACAUCACGUCAGGGAUCUAUGAGGAGAUCCAGCAGGAGAUGAAGAGGGCAAAGGUGUCCCAAGCUCUGUUUGCCAAAGUGGCUGCCAAUAAAAGUCAGGGUUGGCUGUGCGAGCUGCUCAGGUGGAAAGAAAGCCCGAGCCCUGAGAACCGCACGCUGUGGGAGAACCUGUGCACCAUCCGGAGGUUCCUGGCGUUACCGCAGACCGACCGAGACCAGGUUUACGAAGACGAGUCAAGGCAGCAGCACAACGACAGGCUCCAAACCAUCCUGCAUAUCCCAGACCAGCAGGCUCUCCACAGACCCCUGCCACCUCUGACAACCCCAUCCCCGAUUCAUGAGGACCCAAAGUCCAUCCCCUUGCCGGUCUUGCAAGGCUCAGAGGACGGUUCUCAGCGAGGGAUGAGCCCUGGCCUCGGAGGACCAAAGAAGGCCCGCUCGCGGACACGGAUUUCCCUGGAGGCACUGGGAAUCCUGCAAAGCUUUAUUGGCGACGUGGGGCUCUACCCCGACCAGGAAGCCAUCCACACCCUGUCAGCCCAGCUGGAUCUGCCCAAGCACACCAUCGUCAAGUUCUUCCAGAACCAGCGCUACAAUGUCAAGCAUCAUAGCCAUGCCAGAGAGUCUGGCCCGGGGGAGGACGACCGGGAGAGCUCGAGUCCCAGCGAGGGAGGCGUCUGCACGGUGGAGCUCCAAGGGGAAGAGGGGCUGUCUGCGUCCGAGGAGUCGAGCGAUGACGGGAGAGGAUCAGUGGGGGUGUUCAGAACAGAGGGAGAAGACAAAGAAGGAGGGAGAGAUGUGGAAAUGGAGGUAGAGAAGGAAGAAGGGGAUGAUGGGAAAGCCUCAGCACCAGCAACUUCCUCUCUGUCCCCAUACAGCAGUCUUGACAGCCCCCACUCUGCAGAGCAGCAGAGAUAACAGCAGACAAACAAGAUGGAGAGAUCAUGAUUAGAUGGACGCAAAGGACACUAUCAAACUGUGAAGCCCACACACAGAUAACCUGUGUGUCACCCCAUGUGAAUACACACCCACAUUAUCAUCACUAUUGUCAUCAUCACCUUUACCAGAGCUGAUGAUCAGAGCUCGUUAAUAUCUGAAGAACUGUGGAACAAGUAUUUAUGUUAGGUUUGACUGAAAACAGAUCUGAAGGUGAUAUCUUCAGAUGCUGCCAGUAUUUUUGGUUUGAUGCUGCCUCUAGACAGUAUUUUAGGACAUUGAAUACCACUUGUAAAUUGCGUUUUCUGCAUUAAAACAAGUUGAAGUAAUCCCACCAAAAUCCUCCAAAAAGUUUGAUCCCUGCAGGCUUUAAAGGUGAAAGUAAUUCUGAAAUCCUUCAUGCUGCACAAUCCACUCUGCUCCGAAAACCAGGUUUGUUGAAGUACGACACACAGCUGUGUAUUUAGCUUUUUCAAGAUUCUGACAAAAUGAUGCAUAUCCAUACUGAUUAUAUGUAUGGACGGAGGAGAAGUGGAUCGUGCUGCAGGAGGGAUUUGAGGAGUUUUUGUGGAUGUUUUGUUGCUUUGUUUCCACCAUGAAAAUCUUUCAAUGUUGGAAUCCCUUCUAACUAACUAAAUUCAGGCUCACCACAGCUUCAGUCACCUUUUUAUUUAUAUGUUUUUGUUUAUUAUGUUUAGAGUGUAUAAUACUCAAAGCAUAGAUUUUGGGUGAGUUUCUUUUUAACACAGGGUGUGGCAGGUUAUAUUGUAGGAGUUACAGUAGGCUGACAGUAUUGAAUUUGACUUGUUCUCACAAAAAAAAAAACUGUGUUUGUGACCAAAAAUACUCUAAGUGUGGCAUUUGGCAGCUUUUGGGCUUCAUUUUGUGGCUUUGUGUAGAGAUAUACACUCUUUUUGAGGAACAUUUGAGUCAUCUGACCUUCCAUUGUGACUCACAAGAUGUUACAUGAAGGCCAUUAAACAAACAAACCUGCAAUUGUUGCCUUGUUGUUGCCCACAUUUGCAGCAACAACAGUCUGAGAACAUGCCAAAUACCAAACUGUUUGGACUCUACUGUCAACGGUACAAACUCGCCCUACUGCAGCUGUUGAGGAAAAUCUUUCCAAACGACACUGAAAAGAUUUUUUUGGGUUAAAUACUGGAAUUAGAUACAAAUACACAGAUAAAAACAUACUGAAAGCUGCAGCCUGAGGGGAACUUCCAUCAGAUUAGAGGUAGAAACUGGCUCAUAUAUGCCCUCUUGUUAUAAUGAGAUGCAAUCGUAUUGGGACCAAGUAUAAACAUGCUGACACUAGGCAGUAGUACCUCAUGAGAAGGUUGUUCACCUUUUGGAAAUAAAGGCAUGCAGGGCAAUAACACUAGAACCUCCAUCCAAACUGAAGCCAAUGUUACAUUCUGUGUUUUUUUUUUAGAUAUAUAAUUUAUUGUCCCAGUGUCCUUCCCAUGAUGCUUUUGGAGGUUCCUGCAUCAUCUGAGCUCUAUGUGAAACUCAGACACUUAAGCCUUUAUGGACAAUAAAUCAACUUAAUAAUACCCUCCUAUUAGUAUUUAUUACUAACUUUAUAUUUACUGAAAUCUAAGUAUUAUUGUAAUUAUAGUUUUGCUAUUAUUUUCUUUGAUAUGACGACAAAUGUUUUUGUAAAUGUGACAAAAAAAGAGGACGAGUAGGUCUGAACUCAGUGUUACACAUCUUAAGUUUUAAAGAAUGGCUCUUAUAUUUACUAUUUCUAAUAACAGACUGGCAGAGAAAUGACCCGAAAUGCAGCAGUUUUGAUGUAAAUGUUGACAAUCCACCUGCAAAAGUGAAUCUGUCAUCAUAUGUGGGAUGCAACCACUGUCACUUACACUGUUUUGUGUAAUUAUUUUGUUUCACAUAGGAACAGGGUAUGAAAACUGAUUAUUUGCUUAUUUCAGUUCAACAGUCAUCUGUCCUGAAUGGAGCGCACAAAGUUUGUUUCUGAUUUGUUCCACUUUGAUGUUUAACCAUUGUUCUUUGAUUCUGUUGUGGGCAGGACAUGAAAGUCUGAUAAAGAUCUUUCAAAGUA